UACCCAGACCGUUGUGCUCGCCGUCCGUCCGCGCAGUUUCCAUCCAGCGUGUGUAGGGCGAGGUCGAGCCUCCCUCCGCUCGCCGCAGCCAUGAGGCAGCACGCAGCAUGAGGUUCACACCGGUCUUGUUAUUUCUUGUGCUGGGCUUAUGCCUCGGGCGGACGGCCCCGCCGCCGCUUCAGCCCACCGAACCACAUGUAUCGUCCAGCGAAGAUACGUCGGAGGCCGUGUCCCGCAUGUUGCUGCAGGUGUUUGGUAUGCGGGAGCAGCAUGGGCAUCGGCGCCGAGAGAGACACCAUUUACCGCCACUCUACAUGCUCCAGCUGUACAAUGCGACGGCGGGAGCCAGCGGUAUCACCCGCACGGCAAACCCCUACAAUGCCAAUCUCGUGAGGAGCUUUCCCGACAAAGUUCGACGGCAUUACAAGAAAGGUCGAAAGAAGAGCAAAGACGUGAAGCCAACGAAGUCUGGUGACCAGAAACCUAAAGAGGGGCAUCUGCGGUUCUUCUUCAACGUGACCCCGAACGAGUCAGACAAGGAAGAAGUGCUCCAGGCAGAGUUUCACCUCUACAAGCUCAAGCCUAGACAUAAACUGCUGGACAAGAUGGGAGAUGCAGCUGCCCAUCUGCUCGAGGUUCGAGUCUACCAAGUGAUGCCUGGUGCUCCGCCCAUCAAAGAAGAAGGCAAUCGCCUAUUGGACGUCAGAAGAAUGACGUACAAUUCUAUGGGAUGGGAAGUGUUCUACGUGAAAGCUGCAGUCGUUGACUGGAUCAAGGAGCCGGCCACCAAUCUAGGACUGUUGAUGACGGUUCGGACAGCCAGCGGGAAGCGCCUGGAGGACGGGGUGUUGAGGUUCGCCAAACGGAACCAAGGCCACGUCAACAAGCAGCCCAUCUUAGUGGUCUUCAGUGACGAUGGACGACCCAAGCACGAAUUACCGUACACAGGUAACAAAGCUGCUUCGCAACCAGCCAGCCCAAACAACCGCACCGCCAGGGCGACGAGCACAGAUACCGAGCCGCUAAGCUGCACCCGCCAGGAGAUGUACGUGGACUUUGAACAGAUCGGCUGGACGUCGUGGAUCAUAUCCCCGAUGGGAUACAACGCCUACUACUGUCGUGGCGUGUGUCCGUUUCCUUUAGGCCAAAACCAGUGGCCCACCAACCACGCCACCCUGCAGAGUAUUGUGAAUGAACUGAAUCCCGGUUACGGCAAGCCUUGCUGCGUGCCCAACAAGCUUUAUCCGAUCAGCUUGCUUUAUUUCGACGAAAGCGAUAACGUCGUCCUCAAGCAGUACGACGACAUGGUCGCUGCCAGCUGUGGGUGCCACUAGAUGAUGCCAUCAAUAGUAGUCAUCGUACCUUCGCCGUUUUCAAAAUAUCUCUAAACCGAGGUUGUCCAAUUUGCAUUUACGACUAGUUCGUACUUUGGAUACGGAAGUGAGAAUAUCUACCAGCACACAUCCUUGUGUCUUGCUGACUCCAGACACUGUUAACAUGGAGCUACGCCUUCUUCAAGAUGUUCAGGAAAAUGAAGUUCUUUCUUUUCAGAUGAGCGCGUUUCAGUCCUGGGUUCGCGUCUAGGGACUGACUUGAAGGCGUCUCACGAUGGUGCAAGACCACUAGUCUACAAGACGUCUUCGAGCUGUCUCCAAGCCUUCUAUUCUGCUUUGAACACCGGUGUACUGUUCGGAAGUUUCUUUCAAAGUACCAAAGACACAACCUCGUCUUCAAGACACCUUUAGCGUCCCUUCAAGACCCGAGCCGUCAAGAAAGUAAGGACGACAUUACAAGAUCGAUGAAGACGUCCCGGUGGUACUUCUAUGGUUACCAUGUGGGCAACGUUGCCACCUCGUGGUUUAUCGCCACUCAAACUCGAAUGACAGCACAGAACCCCCCACUGUUGUAACUGUAGAUGACUCAGUUACGAAGGAGUGCGAAGUGAACUGCUAGAGCAUAUCUGGCAGCGGCAUUUCAUCCCCAGAGACUAAACGAGAUGAAAGUCUAGCGUGACUGCAUGUGUAUACGUUACAAAGAUGCGAAUGGGCGUAGUGAUAGAGAAUGUGAUGGACCAAGCAAUUUACGUAGACUUAUUACGCCCGUUUUAAGUAUUCAGUGUCGCCGUGACUUUCCUUCGGAAGAGUUCAGAUGUUAUGCUUGUUCUGUUCCUGGUAGUGUCAGUGUGGCUAUACCGUGAGUUUUUCUGUAACUAUUGUUAUCACUGUAGUUCCACCAGGAAGCGUCCUCGCAUACAUUUAUUAUACGCCACCCUUUCCUGUUCACCGAAGCAGAGAAAGCGUACACCUGACCCCCUUCCCUUCGAGCUCGAAGCCGUGUCCCGUCUGCAGAGGACUAUGAAAUUUACCAAGUCAGCUGCCCAACUUUUGUUUCGAGCUAUGUCCUCUAUAUAGUUAGAUACACUGAACGCCAUGCUUUUACCGCUUGAAAAUUAACGUAUACCUGUUCGCGAGUCCUCACAGCAAUCCGCUUCGUGUCCCUCCCUCCCCUAAUUUCCUUCCUUUCAUCUUCGCUGCUGGCAUCCGAGGCGCGCAACCCGCGGUACAAAAGAAUGUCACGGGGGACUGGUGACGUCAGUCUGUUCGGUACACUCUAAGGCAAAAGGGUGUGAAAAGAUGGUAACUUCUAUAGUUGCCACCUACACUCUUAAAAAUGAACUUCACCGCAUAGCACGCUCCUUGCCACCAUCAUCUCGAAUGAUAUCGUUA